AAAUAAUUCUAAUAAUUUCAUUAUGAUGAGACCCAAAGAAAUAAAAUAGGGGACAAAACUGAUAUUUUUCCUCCCAAUUGCCGAUGUAAGGUCGUCUAAAUCUCGGUUCAACCAUGAUUGACAAUUUUUUCAAUGAAAAUGUAAACAGAAUGACAUGUUUAAUAACUUUUCCAAAGAACAAGGACAUGCUUGAUCUGAAAGAUAAUAGAGAGGCAUGUUGAAUAAAACCACAUAGUAGAGCGGCAUAUUAUACCUAUAACUAGUGUUCAAGAAGACGCGAUUAAUCUCUCUCCUAGGCGCGAUUAAUAGCUAGGCAGGAGGAAAUCGCCCCGUCUAGCCCUGGGCGAUUGAUCUAGGCACCUAAGUGUAGUUUUUUUUUGUGAAAAUCCCAGUCCCUAUUCUAUUACCCAUUUCCAUUUGACCAGCCGCUCCCCUCAUCGACCAAUAGUGAGAUCCCACCUCAUGGUUGGUGACUUGGGAUGUUUGGGAUAAUGGAAAAGGGUUGUAUGUGUAUAUGAAUGCAUGAAUAAUGAUAUGGCGACUUGAGUUUUUGUGUAAUAUGGCUUAUCUAUCAUAUAUUUUUUUCAACGUUUAAUCUCGCCUAAGCAAUGACUAAUCGGCCUGGGCGCUGGGUGGUGCCUCCUCACCUAGAUAGCACCUAGUGUCUUCUUGAACAUUGCCUAUUCCAAUUAGAUUUAAUCUGAAUGAUCAUAUGACAAAUGGAUAGAACAACAGCUUGAUUUACUUCCAAGUACUUAUUGUAUUGGAUUGUAUUGUUAUCUAGCAGAUUAUUUUGUCGGUUGUUGACUACUACGCAUGAGAUGGGACUCCUCAUGUACUUACGCAGGCUUUUUAGGCCUUAGAUCGUGUGUGUGCAAAAAAAGAAUGCUAGGUCUGAUGGGCUUUUUAUUCAAUCCAAAUUGAAUGGCUAGGAGCCUAGGCCUAUUUAGUGUUGCAGCACCACAACGAAACAAGCCUUUCCUUUUCAUAUGUUUCCUCUUCGGGAAAGGCCAAAUCUUAAUAAAGAGAGAGAGGGUAAAUAUUGAGAGAGAAAACGCUCUCACCUCUCUCCUUGGUUUCUUUCUUCUUUUCGUGUCUUUAUGACCAUUGGGGCUGCUCCGCCCCAAGCGGAGGCAGAUCAUUGCCUGAAAUCGCCGGAUGGCUCGCCGCCGAUUACGCCAGUCCAACCGAGUAAAAAGGCUAAGGCUUGCUCGAGUGGUGGCUUCUCUGGGGAGGGAGAGAUGGAGAUCUCCAUCGUCACUGUGCGAGCUGAAGAUACAGAAGAUCAACGAGAUAUGGAUGUGGAAAUGAAAUCGAAGAACCCAGAGGAUGACAGGAACAACCCAAAGCCAGACGAAGGCAGCAAGGUACCUGUGAGAGCUAAAGCUUCCUAUCAGGACUCCUUCCUAGGUAAUGGUCCACCUGAUGAAAUUCUCGAAGGAGAUGAGCUAAUGUCCAACGAAUCUAAUGGAGAGGGCAUUGACGACGACCCAGAAUGUCCAAUGAUCCGGAUCAAGAAAAGUACGGACGCUAGAGUUAGAAGUCGAUGGAAGAGGGCAAUCACCUUCCGUGUUCUGGGUAAAUCGUUUCCCUUUGCUUUCAUUCACAGAAGAAUACAGAAAAUGUGGGCGAGAACGGGUGGUAUCAAAAUUGGGGACAUUGGAAACGGCUGUCUGCAGGCGACCUUUGAUUCCCAACUGGAUCAUUAUUGCGCUCUCUACGGUGGUCCUUGGACCAUUGAAGACCACUAUAUUGCUUUGGAGCCAUGGCGUAUUGAUUUUGAUCCAGAUUUCGACUCAAUCAGCCAUGCCGUUUGGGUCAGACUCCCACGACUCCCUCUCGCCUAUUUCGAUGAAGAAAUCAUGUAUGACAUUGGGGAUAAGCUGGGGAGAGUGGAAAAAAUUGACUACAAUACGGCGAACGACUCAAGAGGUAACUAUGCUCGCAUCUGCGUAGAAAUUGAUCUAAGGAAAAGGCUUAUCUCGAAAUACAAAAUUAAGAGGAGAGUCCGAAGAGUGGAGUACGAGGGACUUCAUAUGGUGUGCUUUGGGUGUGGUCAUUAUGGCCACCUGGAGAAUGCCUUCCCGCUGAAGGAAGUGAAUGAGAAUUUAACACCGGAGGAGAAAACAAAACAGAACACAACUCAGAACCCAAAGCAGGAGAUUAGGCCAGAACUGCUAGAGGAUUUCGGGUCAUGGAUGAUUGCAACUAGGAACCGCAGGAAAACGAAGCAGCAUACAACACAGAAAGUGGGAAAGGAUGGGAAAGGUAAGGAGGGUAAUCCAGCUGCUGAGGUGUCUGGUUCGAGGUACAACAUUCUGAUGAAGGAGGCUAUGCAGGAAUUGGAAGAUGAGGAUGAGGAAGUGGAUGAGCACAUAGUAGCCCAAGAAGAAAAAGAGUUUAUUGAGAAUCAGAAAUCAACAAAGAAAGAUGGGCAACAGUUGAAAGUGAAGGAUAGAGAAUCCAGCAAAGUCAAAGAGAUGGAUGGGAAUACAGGGAAAAUGAAAGAAGUUCUUGCUAGUGGUAUGAAGGAAGAUCAAAACAAGGCGGGGCAGGACAGUAAGAGCUUUGGUGGAAGUAUGACUAAGCUUAACCAUCCUAUUGCAACCAACGACAAGGAACCCACAGGUAACAGCAACAUCAAAUCAAGAAAGGGUGGCAAGGCUAUCCCUCAAUCACCCAAUGGAAGGCUCAGUUCAAAGGGGAGUGGCACUCCGCCACUUCAGAACAGACCUAACAUUGGAAACGAAAGGGGUCAGGCCUCUAGGGCUCGUGCAGGACACCAACCCAUAGGGAAACACCCAACGCCUAGUGUGGAAAGCAAAGAGAAGGCUAAGAAGAAAAUUAUCUCCCCGGGUAAUGGGAAAGGGAAACCGAAAAAGAUCAAUUUUGAUCCGAAGACGGACUUUGACCCUAGCAAGCCAGAAGAUGCAAGCUUACCCGAGGGCAAUGACCAUGGAGUCAAACUUGAGGGUAGACAGAUGGCCAUGGCCAUCGACAGCUGAUAAUCUGUUUUUUAGGUUUGGGCGGAGCACAUUAACUUUUUAUGGUUAGAGUACUCUCCUGGAACUGCAGGGGUGCUAGACACCCCAAAUUUCAUUCGUCUUUCUUCGAGUAUAAGUUUCAGUUUAAGCCUGAUAUUGCCUGCAUUUUGGAGCCACGAAUCAGUGCAGGUGAUGCUGUUGAUGUAAUUAAAACCCUCGGCUAUGAUUCAUGGAAAGUGUCUGAUGCUGUGGGGUUCAGUGGUGGGAUCUGGGUUAUGUGGAAUAGUGGAACGCUGAAGAUGGAGCUGGUGGAUAGGCAUAGGCAGUUUUUGCAUCUUUAAUGUUUGGAGGGGGGUAAUGUGAAGUUUCUUCUCACCGCUGUCUAUGCCAGUCCAAAUGAACACGAGAGAAGGGAACUCUGGGAGGCAAUCAGAAGAAUGGAGAGGGAGAUCAAUACACCAUGGCUACUUCUAGGUGAUUUCAACUCCAUCACCAAACCGUCUGAAAAGCAGGGAGGAGCUCCUUUCAAUCCUGCUAGGACCAAGGCUUUUAAAGACUGUAUCGAUGACCGCGGGUUGAUUGAUGUUGGUUGAACAAACCCGGGUCACCCGCGUAACAGGCGGGAAUACUUACCACUAUACUACAACGGCGCCAAAAACUUGAUAGGGCAAAAGCGUAUAUGACAAUUUCCUAUCUCGUAGUAAACCGAAAAGUCCAUGUAUCGUCUCUCAGGGACUGGUACAACCUUAUAUUCUAUCAAUUUUAUAGAGGAAACUGAUAAACCGUUAAUUGCACAUGUUUUUACCCCUAUUCUCGAGCCGUUUGAGAUGGUAAUUCUCGUGUUUUAGGCCAAUUUCACGCUAUGUUGUGCUUGUUUGUGAUAUUUCAGGUCCUAGUAAGUGAAUGAAGGCUUGGGAGUGAGUUUGGGGUCGAUUGGACGAAGAUCGGACGCGAGGCAAGUUGCUGAGGAAGCCACACGGGCACACACAAAACCCACACGGCCGUGCAAGGCACCAAUGUGGCCGUGUGGGAUUCUGCGAGCCUUCACACGGGCACAAAUAAAUUCCACACGGCCGUGUGAAUUAGCAAUGUGGUCGUGUGGAAUUCUGCGAGGCUUCACACGGCCAGGCUGGGUGAGCUACACGGCCGUGUGCCCCUGGCCGUGUUGGAAGCCUGAAACCCACAUAAUCGGAACGCGGCGUUUUGACCUCACACGGGCAACUGGGUAUGCCACAUGGCCGUGUGGCCUGCCCGGGUGAGUCGGGAAUUUCUGAUUUUUACCCAAUUUCGGGCUGCAAGUGAGAGAAUCGGAUUUUCAGAGCAAAAACAGAGCCCUAGAGAGAGAAAGUACGAAGAACACAUCCUAGAAGCUAUCUUGGAGCUGGGUUUCAUCAAAUCGAGCUUGGAGAUUGUCAUAGGAGUGGAAAUCAUCAUCCCAGAGCAGAUUCUUCCCAUUCUUAUGAGUAUGACUACUUUGUAUUCUGUUUUCCUCUCUCUCUCUCUCUUUAUGGAGUAGAACCCUUCUCUCACUUGGGUAUGAAGAACCCUAGUUCCAUGUGUUAGGGAUUUGAUUGUAAUGACUUGGGAUGAUUAUACUGUUUGGUUUUAAUCGAAUGAUGCAUGUUUAUUGAAUUGAUUGAAGUCUGAUCAGCUUUUCUUGAUUUCUGCUGCAACCUGAGAUAGAUAGAAUCUGAUUAGGUUGUUAGAGCCUCAUCAUUCGGUAGUAGGAGAUUGGCUAUACAAGAAUUAGCCAGUUUACUGCUUUGUACUGGAAUCCAAUUCCAGUAGUGGAGUUCUGUUCUUAUUGCUUCAGCUUUCUAUCCCGGUGAAGACUAGUCGUCUGCCGGGUAGUUAGACUGAGAGGGCUUGGUCAGCUUAAGAGAUUCCAUGCUACUGUCGCAUCUUCCGCAGUCUAAUCAACAGUAAAUCAACCCAGGGAAAAUACAAUUGAGACCUAACU